GUCAUCGCCGUCAAGCAAACGUCAAUCACAGCUUCGCUUCGGCGCUUUGAGUUAACGUUAGAUAUUUCCUCGCGUCCAAGAUAACAUCUGGCAAAAAUUCUUACGCAGAGCGAAGACAUGCACCAGCAGCAAAUGCGAGAGCAGUUACUGCAGCAGCACCAGCAGCGACGACGCCAGUCGUUGCUGACUAAAAGUGUCCAGGAGGAAUUUUUGAUCCAUCAGGUGAAGUUGCGACCGGAAUUAUAUGAUAAGUCGCUGAAGGCCUAUCGGAAGCCUGGUGCCACGGACAAUGCCUGGGCAGAAAUUGCGAAUGCGCUGGGAGUGAAAGUGGAGAAUUGUAAAAAGAGAUGGAAAAGUCUUCGUGAUACGUUCAUCAAGUAUUUUCGGCAGGAGAUACUGGCUGAUUCCAUUCCUGGUAUGAAACGAAAGAAGUGGAUUUAUUACGAACACAUGAGCUUUUUGAGAUCUCACGUUGAGUUAUACGGCAUCUCUGAAACCGAUUCUGCUAGUGACAAGGAAACAAUUGCUUCCGAUCGAACUCGCAUUAUUCACAUACCGGAGUUUGUCACCGAGCAGGGAGAAUACAUAAGCUGUGAGGAAGCUGUGGAGGAACAGUAUGACGAUAAUCAAACUGAGUACGUUUACGAAGUGGAAGAGGUUUCACCUACAACGACCACUAGCACUUAUGCUGUCGAGGCAAAGCAUGAAUCUUCACAAAAUGUCGAAGUGGAAGAAAGUGUAGUUGAAUCGUCCGAGGCACAUGCGGAGGACUUGGAGUUAAUUAGGGAGGAAGAAAGCACUGCCGAAAUGACUCAAUCGGAUACUGCGGGAGGAGAAGUAACGAAUUCGAAUUGCUCUAAUGCGGUUGUAACUGAUCCCGAUGAAAGAUUUUUAUUGAGUUGUGCGCCCGUGUUGAAGAGGCUCUCGACGAAGAAGAAUGCUUUGGUGAAAUUAAAAAUUCAACAACUGCUUUAUGACGUGGAGUUCGGAGAAGUGGAGUGUGGAUCUGAGGCUAGAAAAAGGAAUGACCCUUGAAGAGGCCAUAUGUACAUACUGUACGGAGAAGUGGUUUAAGGAUGUGAGUAAUUCGUUAAUAUGUAAAUAUAGAACUAAAAAGCCCGGCAAACGACCGCAAACGAAAUAAACCCGGGUAUAAAUAAACGAUAUAAAA